AUGCAGCGAUACCCCUCUGCUCCAGCUCUGCCCCCACUCCCGUCAGGUUCCUCCACUCCCCCACUCACUGUAGAGAAGUACGAUGUGAAACGUGUGCCCCUGGCAGCGAACCCCAGGAAAGCUACUGGCCCAGGCGGAGUAUCAGGCAAGAUGGGGUUUGAUGGUCCUUUAUCAGCACAGGAGCAGAUGUACAUCCUGUAUGAAGUCAAAAUGCAGUGCUACCAGAACCUCUCCAAUAUGGAACCAUCAAGCGCAGAUGAGGCGUGCCCUCCAGAUUGGGAUGGUCUUAUUUGUUGGCCACAUGGCUCUCCUGGGCAGGUUACAGAGGUUCCCUGCCCAUCUUACAUCUAUGACUUCAAUCACAAAGGGCAUGCUUACAGGAAGUGUGAUGUCAACGGUUCCUGGGUGUUUGUGGAGCACUGGAACAAAACAUGGACCAACUACUCAGAGUGUCUACUCUUCCUUCAGCCUUUCAGAGAUGAAGAAGCAAGGCAAGACUUCUUCGAGCGGCUGUAUGUCAUGUAUACAACUGGCUACGCUGUGUCCUUCAGUUCUUUGCUGGUGGCCAUAAUGAUCAUUGGAUACUUCAGGCGUCUUCACUGCACCAGAAACUACAUCCACAUGCACCUGUUUGUUUCUUUCAUGUUACGAGCAGUCAGCAUCUUUGUGAAGGACAAAGUUGUCUAUUCAAGCGCUGGAUUGCAAGACUUUGAUUCUGACCUGUUGGACAAUUUUAAAACAGUUAGCAUCACAUCACUCAACAAGCCUCAGUAUAUUGGCUGCAAGGUGACAGUACUUCUCUUCAUCUAUUUUCUGGCCACCAACUACUACUGGAUCCUGGUGGAGGGCCUUUACCUGCACAGUCUCAUCUUUAUGGCCUUCCGGUCAGAUUCUAUAUACCUCUGGUGCUUCAUACUCAUUGGAUGGGGUGUUCCAGCUGUUUUUGUGGCUGUCUGGGCGAUUGUGAGAGCAUCACUGGCAGAUGCAAGGUGCUGGGAGUUAAGUGCCGGUAACAUUAAGUGGAUCUACCAGGUGCCCAUCUUGACAGCAAUUGGGCUCAACUUUAUUUUGUUUGUGAAUAUUGUGCGAGUACUGGCCACUAAGAUUCGAGAGACUAACGCAGGGAGAUACGACACCAGGAAACAGUACAGAAAACUAGCAAAGUCAACGCUUGUACUAGUGUUGGUGUUCGGCAUCCACUACAUCGUCUUUGUUGGGAUGCCUCAUACGUUUCAGGGACCAAGCUGGGAGAUACGCAUGUACUGUGAGCUUUUCUUCAACUCAUUUCAGGGUUUCUUUGUGUCAAUUAUUUACUGCUACUGCAAUGGAGAGGUUCAGACGGAAAUAAAGAAAACAUGGACACGCUGGAAUCUGUCAUUUGAGUGGGAGGGUCCAGUUGUCUGCGCCCGCUACCGUUACGGCUCUGUGGUCGUAGGUUUAAACAACAACAGCACCAGCAGUCACUCCCACCUGGCUGGAGCUGGGCUUUCCACACGCUCCACUACACUUGCUUCAAGCCGAGCCCAUCGGACCACAGGUUCUCCCGUGGUCAACACCUACGCCAUUCUCCCAGGCUACGUAAUUACCAACUCAGAUCCGUCCAUUCCUGAAGAGCCUGACAACAGUGGCCCCAAACAAGUGGAUGACAUCUCGCUGAAGGAAAAUUUUCCCGUUUUAAAUCCAAGUCGGAUGGCUGAGGUUGAUGAGGAGACACUGUAG